GUACUGUUGCUAGGUGACACAAAAACAUAGUGGCGGCGGUUUUGGGCGGGAAAGUUGGGGUGACGGCUGCUGUGGAGGUGUCUUGGCCAUGAAAUAGAGGUGCUGGAGCUGUUGUGCUGCAACUGUGGCGGCCUUGGAGACAGCGUUAGGCGGGCGAUCUCUCCAGAUAUGGCGGCUCCUCAGCCGAGAUCAGUGUCGGGCCUUGACGCGAUGGUUACAGUGAGCGGCUCUGUCCAGAAAUACGUGACCAAGAAAAAGAAGGUGCUGAAUGCCGAAGAGGCCGAGUUGUAUGAGCUGACUCAGGCGGCCGGAAUUGUCAUUGACCAGGAGGUGUUUAAGAUCAUGGUGGAUUUAUUGAAGAUGAACGUGGCUCCAUUAGCAGUUUUCCAGAUGCUGAAGUCGAUGUGUGCCGGACACAGAAUUGCCGACGCUGCUCCCGCCGAGAGCCUCUCUUCGCUCUUACCUGCCAGUCACGCCGAGGCAAAAGGAAGAAUCAAACAGAAUCCUCCUUCAAAUGUUACCCAGGGGCCGCUAGAAAGAGGCAACCGCGACGGGGCAACCCAGAGAAUGCCUCGGCAGCCGAGCGCCGGCCGCAUGCAGAAGAGCAGCAGUUCGGGAAAGAGCAGCGGAGGGAGCAGCACGUAGUCCCCAGAGCCAUGCAGCCUCAUCGGCUAACUCUGUUACUUACGGUACUGCGGCCCACCGGCCUUCGCUUCUUGGAGGGUAACCACAUCCUGUUUUGUCCAACAGAUUAAUUUAUUUAGUAAACGAUAAUUUAAGUCUGCCCCCCCCCAUACACUUAACGGUUUAUGUGACGGAAGAGCCUGUGGUGUUGCUUUGCCUUCUGGGUAAUUUCUAAGGGUAUAUAUUUAACCUAAAGUGCCUGUUCUCCUGUCACUCGAGCAGGUCUGACUAAUCUGUCUGCGAGCCGAUACUGUCA